AUGGGAAGAGAAAAAGAAUGUAAGUGUAAUAAUAAUAAUAAUAAUAAUAAUAAUAAUAAUAAUAAUAAUAAUAAUAAUAAUAAUAAUAAUAAUAAUAAUAAUAAUAAUAAUAAUAAUAAUAAUAAUAAUAAUAAUAAUAAUAAUAAUAAUAAUAAUAAUAAUAAUAAUAAUAAUAAUAAUAAUAAUAAUAAUAAUAAUAAUAAUAAUAAUAAUAAUAAUAAUAAUAAUAAUAAUAAUAAUAAUAAUAAUAAUAAUAAUAAUAAUAAUAAUAAUAAUAAUAAUAAUAAUAAUAAUAAUAAUAAUAAUAAUAAUAAUAAUAAUAAUAAUAAUAAUAAUAAUAAUAAUAAUAAUAAUAAUAAUAAUAAUAAUAAUAAUAAUAAUAAUAAUAAUAAUAAUAAUAAUAAUAAUAAUAAUAAUAAUAAUAAUAAUAAUAAUAAUAAUAAUAAUAAUAAUAAUAAUAAUAAUAAUAAUAAUAAUAAUAAUAAUAAUAAUAAUAAUAAUAAUAAUAAUAAUAAUAAUAAUAAUAAUAAAAAUAAUAAUAAUAAUAAUAAUAAUAAUAAUAAUAAUAAUAAUAAUAAUAAUAAUAAUAAUAAUAAUAAUAAUAAUAAUAAUAAUAAUAAUAAUAAUAAUAAUAAUAAUAAUAAUAAUAAUAAUAAUAAUAAUAAUAAUAAUAAUAAUAAUAAUAAUAAUAAUAAUAAUAAUAAUAAUAAUAAUAAUAAUAAUAAUAAUAAUAAUAAUAAUAAUAAUAAUAAUAAUAAUAAUAAUAAUAAUAAUAAUAAUAAUAAUAAUAAUAAUAAUAAUAAUAAUAAUAAUAAUAAUAAUAAUAAUAAUAAUAAUAAUAAUAAUAAUGGGGAAACGGAAAGGUACAACCAGAAGAAUUCUUUCAGUUAA